CUUUCGUUAGUGUAAUUAUGGGACAUAACAACGAUAUUAUUAUUCAGGUAGCUUAAUUAACAUGGUUGUUUCCCUUUGACCAUGUAACCAACCACCCCUCUUCACAUCCAGUAUUCACUGUAAAGUUUUAUUUUGAAGCUACUGAAAAAGCUGGGGGUAGAUCUAUACAAAGGAGAUAGAAAUGCGAAAAAGCAAAAAGUCUUGGCCAGUGGCUUAAUACUUUUAAAACUUUUUUUUCCCCUAAAAUUAUUCAGCUCAUUUUUCUGCUGGAACAAAAGUGUUAAUUUAAAAGAUUGUAUGGACUCUUUUCUGGCGAUGAAUUUGCAGUGUUAAUAGAACAUGUAUAUUAUUGUUGAAUGUUGGCUUCAACGUCAAAAACAAGGCUAUUGUAGACAACACAAAACAAUAUUACUGAAGACUUUUAAAGUCUCUUGCUUCUUUGGCCUCGAAUGCGCUGUAAUAUUUCUUCCGUAUAAUUCUCUGAUACUUUUAUAAAUUUGUAUUUUCGCAAACGGAAAUAAAAUAUCAGGAAUCAGGGGGAGCUAACAAAAGUUUGUUGACACUUAGAGACCGAGCAGUUACAGAAAUUUUUAUUGCUCAACGGAAAAAACAGCUUGUUGUCAUUAUUUCCAAACGACAAGCAUCCCCUUUUUACAGUGCGAAACUGUACUUCAGUCAGUAGAAAAACACAAUAGUCUAUGGAAUGAGCUUUGUGAGUGAGAAUUUAAUGGGGAAGUUAUUCAGCAAGCGAAAGAAAAGUGCCGGGCCUCGCUCGAGCACAAAGCCAGUCAACGAGGAUAUGAGAAAUACAGAUCACCUAGGUGGAGACAGUGUUGGUCAGGGCCCAGCACUAAAAUCUGACAUUGCUUUAAUACACGGAGAUGCUGUUGCUAGUGUCAGUUCUGUUAAGCCUGGGAGCUGUGUGUCAGGGAGUAAAGACCAGAUGGUAAUCCUUUAUGACUAUGACAAACGAAAGAUACUGGAACAGUGGACGGGUCAUACAAGUGCUGUAACCAAGGUCACAUAUGGUAGAUCCAUUGAUGCGGUAUUCAGCUCAUCCCGAGACAAACUCAUCAAACUAUGGAAGCCAGGCCGGACUGCCUCCCAGCAAGACUUCAGGGGUCAUGCCUUGGUGGUUACAGCAAUAGAUCUAAGUCAAGAUAACAAGACUCUGUGCAGUGGAUCUCGAGACAACACUGUAAAGCUGUGGGAUGUGGAGACAGCAGCUUGCCUCAAGUCUAACAGCAUUCCACAAAACCUGGUGACAGAUGUAAAGUUUGUCCCCAACUCCUCAUUUGUUGUGCAAACAGGAGAAGACAAGGAGGUCAGAGUAUUUGACACGCGAUCACUCAACCCUGUGUUCAGCUUCCCCAAAAAGCAGUAUCUCCAGAUGUGUUGUGACAUCAGCGCUGACGGGAACUUCAUCGUCUCCUCCAGCAACGGGUUCUCCGGCAAUGGUUGUGAGGCAACGCUUUGGGACCUUCGAAGUCGCAAAUUGCACUUGGAGUACAGAGGUCACAUUGAGGCUGUCGAAGCCUGCCUAUUCUUGCCUGGUACAGAACGCCCCCUUGUAGCGACAGCAUCCCGAGACUGCAGUGUAAAGAUUUGGAACAUGCUCAGUGGAGCCUGUGAGACCGAGUGCUACCUCAGUGGCUCAGGCCCCCUCACAUCCCUGACUGCGUACAGUGAUGGCAGUAUACUCGUGGGAUCCUUCAGUCAAGGUGUUCAUCUCCUCAAACUCCAAGGAAAUUACUUGACGAAAGCCUUUCAUUACUGAUGGGAACAGAAGUGGAUGACUUAUGAAAUGCGUUGUUUAUGGUGUAGCUUUCCUUUUCACGCAGCACCUGCCUUCAAAUCCUGUGGUCAAUAUUGGUUGAGAUGACGAUGACUUUAACCUUUUUUGGUUCAUUCUACGUGUGUGCUGUGACUUGCCAAAAUUUGACGCUGCUCACUAUUAUUAGAACAUUUGCAUGUCUUUUCAGGUGUAGGUCUGUUGUGGGCUUACUGUUGUUGGUUUUAAUGUAUCUUCAGCACAUUCCGUGUGUAUCAUGUAUGUUGCCAUGAUUAUGGGUUUUUUCUAGGUUGGUAGUCAAGUUUUAUAAAAGAAGUUAAUGAUGUUUGAAUAAAAAUUCAAUGAGUGCUGCUUGCAUGUCAUGUUACAAUGAUUUAUGGUAUUGCAUGUCAUGCAAGUUAUUUAAUGAUCCACUUUAAAAGAAAAACUGAUGGUACAGUUGAAAGCGGUCUAUAUCGGCACAGCAAGAACGACUUAAGAUUUGUCAAAUAAAAGAAACUUACAUUUGAUGAUAAUUAUACUUUCCACAAGUACUCAGAACAGUAUGGUUUCUUUUGUGGUCCUGUGAAAUGAAUGCUUGCUCUCUAAAUAGAUUUGUUUAGUGAUUAAUCGUUGUGAUUUAGAUGGCACCUUAUUUUUCUAUCUAUGUUUUUAAAUAAGCCUGCAUAUUGUGCAUCUGGCAGUCUUAUGAACACAUGAUUUUAAGAGAAAGGAGGCAAAGGAUGACACAUAAACUGAAGCGGUUUAUUUUCUUUCUUGCUUUCUUGCCUGUUUGAAAUAAUUUUUUUGGGGGGGUAUAAAUGCAGUUUAUACUUUUUAUGAAUGGAAUGUUAUCAGUGUAUCUUUUUGCAUGUUUUGUUGACUUAAAACCAAUGUUUUGAGGUGCCUCUUAGUUUGAAUCACUUCAGGGAUUCACUGGUUAUAGAGAUGUUUUACUGUUUUAGAUGAAAGGCAAAAAAAAGGAAAUGUGAUUAUGAAUUAUGCAUUCUUUACUUUUGUUGUGACUUAAGAGUAUACGAAACUAUGAGUUUGGAUGGAAUGUAUGAGCAAGAAUGAUGGCUAAAAAAACAUGCUGAUUUCUUUUCCCCUUUUUAAAAAAAAAAGAUUAUUGUCAUUGUUGUUUAAGUUUUUCCAAGUGCAUUUAAAUAAUUUUCAGAUUACAAUACCAGUGUUCUAAUUGUUCUUAUCUGAACUUUUUUCCUCCAUUCAAGCCAAAUUAUGAUGAAUUGUUUUUACCAGUUAUGUUAUUAUUAUAAUGAUGUUUUAAUGAUUUUUUCCCUGUGCCUCUUCCUCUCUCUCUGAUGUUAAAAAAGGCAAUCCACUCACGAUAUCUUCGCAAUAAUGUUCAAAGUUACCACUGUUAAGAGCAGACCUCAUUACAGCCAGUAUUGGCAAGCUCAUUAUGGCGAUGGUUAAUUUUGACAACAUAUUAUUAUAAGGACAACACGAAAAAUCAUGUUAUGGUAAAGACAUUUCUGUAACUUUUUUUCUCAUUAGUAGUAUUGUAAAAGUGCCCAAUCUCCUAUUCUCACUCUCUACUGUACAGAUGUUAAACUUGUCGUUUGACUGUCAAAAGGUAUAGGAUUAGUCAUCAUUAAAAAUGGAUUAUCACAAGCCAUUGGUAGUUUUCAUAUAUAUAUAUAUAUGUGAACCAUCAAUCUUGUCUCAGUAAAGAGAUGUAGCUUUGCUGUUAAUCUUAUCUUCCCUCGAAUAAAGGAAACUACACAUUGCAGCUUCAUUUUAUUGUUGAAGAAGCAGCAAUUGUCAUGAAGGAAAGCUACGAGGCCAACCUUAGCAUUCAAGGUUAUUGGUGUAAAAAUCUAUGUACUUUUUUUAUUUUAUUUCAGCAUUUGUUGUACAUUGUAGUGGUCUAUGUGCUAAAUAUCAUUGAAGUUAAUUAAGAGAGUUUUGUUUAAGUUUUUAAACUCAAUUGUUUAAAGAGGACCAUUCUUUCACAACACACACACAGGCCUCUGUUUUACUAUACAUGCAGCUUCUUUGAUUUUACUAUCUAUAACAUUUGCCUUAGUAACUGGUGUUUUCUCUGUUGUGGAGAGGGGAAAAAGGUGGAGAGAGAGAGAGGGAGAGAGAGAAAAUGAGAGGAGGGUAUAAUUGGGGAAUAUAGGUUUCGAAAGAGAGGGUGAGAGGAUAAAAAGAGGGUUGUGGAGGGGAAAAGGGAUAGACAGAGAAAGAACGGAAAAAGGAUGAAGAGAGAGAGAGGGAGAGAAAAACUACGAGAGAAGG